AUGUACGUGCCCGGCUGUGGCCCCCGUCCUUACGCCAGGGUCCGUUACCACCUAGCCGGCGGCCGUACGACACUGUUCUUCUGGACCAUGGCGAUACCGGUUCGGCCGGGAGUGGCGCGGGUCUACUUCAAAUUCGGUUUCGCCAGCGCAGCGGCACCGGCGGCAGCGGUGCAGCUACAGCAGCAGCAGAGAGCCGCCGCUGAGCUAACGGAAAGCAUCCCCGAAAGGAGGAUACGCGAUGCCAGCGGCGCCGGCGGCGGCGGCGGUAGCCGCAUGUCGGCGUCCAGGUGGCUCAAGCGGCUGGCUGGCUCCGUACCUCACUGGCUGCUUGCGGGUCAGCUGAUAGCUGACCAGGAUCUGGUGGUCAUUAACAGGCAGGAGAUGCUGAUGCGCCGCGAAGGCCUCACCGCACGCGACUACAACCUCAACAGCAAGGCGGAUGCGGGUGUGGCGGCUUUCAACGUGUGGCUGAAGAAGGCGGGCUAUCCGGACAGCCUCUGGGGCAAGGGACCUGCACCUCAGUCGGGCCAUACGUUCAGCACCUGGCCCGCUACAGAGCUCUCCCUGGAGCAGCUGCUGUCAAGACAGGACAGGCAUGUACGACACUGCGCGGUCUGCCAGCGGGGAAUGAAGCUGGUGACGGCAGUGUGUACGGCACUGACGGCGGCGGCGGGAGUGGCCGCGGUGGCGGCAACCACGCUGGCGGUCCUGGCGGCGAUCAGUCCGGACGGCGUUGCCGUUGUUGGCGGUUGGGGUUCGUUAACGGGUGCCGUUGCGUUGGUUGUGGUCCUGGCGGCGUUGGCGGUCCAAGGAUGGUCGUUCCGCGAGGAGAGUGUCGUUAGCGCGCUGUCCUGCAAACGAGCUGUCACUUACGAGCCAGUCGAUUACAAGCUUAUGGAACGGUUCCAAGUGAACGUCGCUGUUGCGGUGCGCGCAAAGCUGACGUUUUAG